AUGGACGUGAAAGGAAAAGCAAAGUCGCUGGACGAUGCGUCUGAUGCCUCGUCGAGUCAUGACCUGCUGCCAUGGGUCGAAAAGUAUCGUCCGUCUUCGCUGGAUCAGAUCAUGUCUCAUCAGCACAUCACAGCAACGUUGGAAAAGUUCAUCACAGCGAACCAACUGCCGCACCUGCUAUUCUAUGGGCCUCCUGGUACAGGGAAGACAUCGACCAUCAUGGCUCUUGCUGCGCGUCUAUAUGGUGCGUCAUUCCGGAAUAAUGUACUCGAGCUGAAUGCAUCUGAUGAUCGUGGGAUUGACGUUGUGCGUGGCCAAAUCAAAGCUUUUGCAAGCACACGCAAUGUCUUUAGCACGCAAAAGGAUACGUUCAAACUCGUCAUUCUCGACGAGGCAGAUGCCAUGACUCAAGCAGCUCAGGCAGCUUUGCGCCGAGUCAUGGAGCAAUACACACGCAAUGUGCGCUUUUGUAUUAUUUGCAACUAUGUCAACAAGAUUAUUCCUGCGAUCCAGAGUCGGUGUACUCGCUUCCGAUUCUCGCCAUUGGACCGAGUGCAAGUCGAGCGCCAGAUCGACUCUGUCAUCGCGGCUGAACAUUGCCAAAUUGACGCAAAGGCCAAGCAUGCCAUUCUGCAGCUUUGUCAGGGCGAUAUGCGCCGUGCCCUCAACAUCCUUCAAGCAUGCCAUGCAGCGAACGACAUGAUUGACGAAGACUCGGUAUACCUAUGCACUGGGCAUCCUCAUCCACAAGAUAUCGAGACAGCAUUCCAAGCCAUGUUGGAGCAGGAAUUCACGACGGCCUUCCAAACCAUCCAAACGCUGCGUGUUGAAAAGGGGCUCGCCCUCACAGACUUGCUGACGGGUAUGCAUGCACUUGUUCUCUCUCUUGAACUGCCACCACAUGCGCGCGUAUUUCUUCUGGAUCAUAUGGCACAGAUCGAGUACAGACUCAGCACGAAUGCGUCUGAGCGUGUCCAGUUGUCGGCGCUCCUUGCCUCUGUCAAGGCGGCCGUCGAACUUGCUCACACACCUCCCUCUUCAUCCUCAUAA